AACUGCAUAUAUUUUUAAAGUAUAUUUGUAUGUGUAAAACGGACAUUGGGAACAGGACAGCAAAGGAAACAAUCGUGAAAACAUCUGCACAUUUCAAAUGACGAAUAAAAUAUCAUUGAUGAAAAAUGACAAUAGCAAACUGUCCACCAUAUCAAAAAUCCAUCAAAUGAAUUGCAAAUUCAAGGCAGAGCAACACAGACCUCUAAAAAAGAUAGAGGUAGGAUAAGUUGCCUAAAAUAAGUGUAAAUAUAGAAGUAGGAUCAGUUGCCUAAAAUAAGUGUAAAUAUAGAAGUAGGAUCAGUUGCCUAGAAUUAGUGUGCACCCAUCAGCUGACCGGUGACACCCAACGUGUGAGGUUGACAAUUACGUGUUUAAUUAUGGUUUAACAAUAAGUAUGAUAUUAGAAAUUAUCUGAUUUAAAUCAACGUUUGAUUUACAAAAUACAUUUUUAUAAACAACGAAUGCAACCAGGUCAAUGAAAAUAAAUAAAAUGAGAAAUCGCAGGGGUUCAAUCAAUGUUUGUUUUGUGAUCAACAUAAUUAAACCUUUGAAACAAACUUGAAACUCUCUGACAUGUCAAUCUAAGGGCUACCACACUCAGGUGACCGUCAAGGUCUCUUCAACUCUUGUUUCUUCUUUUUCUUUCAAUUAUAGGGCAGAGGCUAAUUAAAUAAAAGAUUGUAGGUAUAUAAAACGAAUAGGGAAAAAUUAUCCGCCUUAAGGAAGUGUUUACUAAUGGAAAUCUAAAGAUGUAUGUUUUCCUGUAACAUAAUGUUUUAUUAUCAACUUGCAACUUCAUUCUUGUAUGUCAAUUCAUGAAACCCUUAAUUGAUUUCAAGACUUUUUUUUUCAAAAUAAGAACAAAACAUCUAAACAGACUCGAAGUUAAUAAAUCCGAACUCGUUGACUAUGACAGUAUUUUGUAACUUCCCUUUUGAAACACUCAUAAAAUGGAUUUCAUUUGGAUGGUCCCGUUUCUUUCCCAAUUAUUUCGCUUUGGAAUAACUUAUGACAAUGUCGCUUUAAAUCAACCUGCAUGGCUUCAACAUCAACAUCCUACGUAUCCACAAUACGGGGCGGAGCGUGCUGUAGACGGAAACAAAUUAUAUUUGUCCAUAUCUGGAGGGCAGUGUACAGUAUCUCCCGGCGGAUAUUCAACAGCAGAAUGGCGGGUAGAUCUGGGGGGAGUACUCAGUUUACACCAUAUCUUUAUCCAGUAUAGGACGGACAUUCGUGUAUGGGAUGAAACAAACAUAUUAACCAGUUACUUGCUCGGAUUCUCGCUCUAUAUAUCAAACACAACUAAUAAGGAAGAUGGGGUACUUUGUUUUAUGGAUAAAUCAUAUACAAGGAAGACUAUACCUAACAAUUUCAGCAUUUCGUGUCGUCAGAAUGGGCGAAUUGUCAUCUACUACAAUAACAGAACACAAUUUCCUCUCCCUGAUGGAUAUAGUGUCUCCGCAGAAAGCGAUCUCUGUGAAGUAGAAGUAUAUGGUUGUUCGAAAUCGCGCCAUUUUGGAGACAACUGUUCUACACCUUGCCAACAGAACUGUUUAGAGAGAUGGUGUGACGUCGUGGAUGGAACAUGUCUAGGCUGCAUUCCAGGAUACACAGGACCUACAUGUGAUACAGACUGCCGUCGGGGAUAUUACGGAUAUGACUGUAAGAAGAAAUGCAGCGUUAACUGUGAGGUUCCUGAAAAGUGUAAUAUUGUAAAUGGGCAUUGUGAUGGAGGAUGUCAGGUUGGUUGGAAAAUGCCAAGUUGUGAUGAAGCAUGUGGUAACAAUACAUAUGGACUAAACUGCGCAAUGACUUGUGGGAAUUGUUCCUACUUCUACGGGGAACAAUGUCAUCACGUGACUGGUUUUUAUCCACGUGAGUGUAUUUCUGGUUUCAAAGGUGCACGAUGUGAUGAAGCAUAUGAUUCAGUAUUCCUUACUGAAUCAAACAGUAAGCGAGAGGUUCUACUCUAUACCUUUACUGUUUUAUUUGGCGUCAGUGCGGUUAUCAUCAUCAUAUUUAUUGUGAGAUGCAGAAGACAACAGAUACUUGAACAACAAUAUAAAGAAGACAAACAAGACAGCGAACAUGAUAAAAAAUGCAAAAGUACAAAUGAAGAAUAUGACAAUCCGUUAGAAAGUGGAAGGUAUCAUGAACUGGGAGUUUUCAAUCAAAUGUCACUGUACGAUAAACUUGAAUGAUAUAUUCGAUAUAACCGUCAGAAGAAACGCAGUGUUAGGCAUGAGGUGAUGACUAAUAUAAACAACACCACCGUAAUGUUCAGACCUGGUAUACAUGCAUUGAGAACGACUUUGUAAUUGUUCAAUACUAUUUUGGAACAAAUAUUAAUUGUUUGUACCAAUGUGCUGUUGAGAUCACCAAACAGAUUGUAAGGAAUAAUUAAUGCUACACUGCAUUCACGCCGCGAAACCUUUUUAAAUCAUUAUUUAAAAUGACUUUCGAAUCAGAAUUUAAACUGGUAUAAAAAUGGUAUUUAUAAAAUAAAUGGAGGUAGACAAGUCAUACAAAUUUCUCUUAUUUGACGAAGUAUAUGUUCUCUCUAUCUCGUUCUGUGAAUUCUACGAUAUUGAUUCAGUUUAAACACAACAUAUCUUAUCAACAAAUAAAGCAAUAUAAAUGCACUAGCUCUUCUUGUUAUUUUGCGACAAUAUUGUAAUGGUUAUAGUAUAGAAAGAACAUUUAAGGAGAGAUGGGAAAUUAAAGUGCAAACAGUCAUUAAAACACCAUUUCGUUGUGUGUAUUCUUAAAACAUUAAAUUCGCAUUAACUCUUCGAAAUGAAAAGAGAAAAACAUAACAGGACAAAUGUAUGAAAAAAUAUCAAGAAAAUUACCUGAACACAGUAAUAAUGUGAAUAUAGUUAAAAAAAGAAAAAAAUAAGAUAUUCAUGCAAAAAUGUAUAUCAUGUUAAAUUGUGAAAAUUUUAUACGAAAUUCAUUGCAGGUUAAAUAACAAAAAAAAGGAGAUUUCCCAUGGUCUAAUUUAAGAAUUGCGUUUAUGAAGAAAUUCUAAUUGCUUAGAUAACUGAUAUUCCAAUUAAUUUGCUAACUCCAAAAUAUGAAGAAAACAUUGAUGGCAAUAUUUUAGGAAUUUUUUUCAGAUUAGAUAAAAAUCCCUUAAUUGUUAAAGAAAAUUUCACGUCAAAUAAAAUGUUUAAAAACAUGUACUUUUUAGAUUAAAUACAUAAUGUUGCACAAAUCAAUUAGAUACGCUGCAUAUUUCUUGAAUAUUUCCCUAUCUUUACAUGACAUGAACUGUUGGAAUAAAUGAUUGCAUUUUUUUUUUAAUUUGAAUGUUUUUUAUUUAAAUUGAAUUCGAAAAUCUAAGGAUACAAUUAUUUUUGUAAGUGACUCAUUUUCUUUUACUAACUAGUUCAUUCUCAAUUUAAACAAAAAUGACGUUUUUGCCUUGCUAUUAUUAUUUUUUUCAAAGGAAUACUAAUGCAUCCAUUCUUUGAAUGAAGAAACUAUAAACGAACGGUUUAAUUUUCUUUUAGAAUAAAUUUUAAUUAAAUUUCAAUGUGUUUACAGCUAAGCAAUAAAACAGCAAUGCAACACAUUGUUCAACUGUACA